AUGAAUCGCACCGCCUCCCCAGAUCCGCAAGAGGAGCAGCUGGACUCCGAGAUCAUCUCGAUCCGCGCCGAGAUCCGCAAGCUCCAACGCCGCAAGCGCUUCCUCUCCUCAAGCCUUCUCUCUUCCGAACCCAUACAGAAACACCUACGCAAGCCAACGCCCGCACUAUCUUCAAUCCACGACGACAACGCCUCCAUUUCGCCCCUCGUCCGCGCAGCCGGCGAGCACUCCGCAUCCAACCACCAUCGCAUCGCCUUCGGAACAACCACAUUCCCCUUCAAGGACCCGUCCCCGACUACCACAGCAGCCGACAACCCAAACCUCCUCGGCGUCCGCAUCGACGUAUGCGCUCGCAACGGCCAGUUCACCAAACCCUACUACGUGCUCCUGCGCCGCGAGCGCGGGCGCGCGGAGCAGCCGAAGAGGCUGCGAGUGCACAAACAUACCAUUCCAACAUUUAUUUCCAUGGCGAAGCUGGAAAGUGUCUAUCUGCCUACGUCCAGGGUACCUCGCCAGACACCAGAUGACAAUGAAGAGAACGAGAACGAGGAGGGUGGAUCGGACGCAGAGGCCACCCUGAAACCAUGGAAACCUGCAAACAAAACCACGAGGAAGCAGGACCUGCGUGCGUUUGUGCGCGAGCUGCGGCGCGAGCUGGUCGCGUGGCAUGUGCGGACGGAUGCGAUCGAGCUGCUGCGUGAGCGGCUAGGGUUGGCGCAUGAAGGCGAAUCCGCGCCGAAUCGCUCGGGGAUCGUCUCGCUCUCGCCUACUGCGCUCGAGGCGCACUAUGUGCGACUCGAGUGGGAGGAUGGGCGUGUGGGCCGGUUCAAGUUGUCUCAUGCCGGGCUUGUGGAGCGUGCCGUUGUUAUUGGCGAUGACGGGCGAGACAAGCAGACGGAGGAUGCAAUGACUGGUGGCGGAGGACGAGUGGAAGCGCUCUUGGACCGGUUGAGUGAGCCUGGUAUUGUUAUGUCUGGGUCGUGA